AUGUCGAAUUUGGCAACCUCGGUUUUCUGCGAGAUACAUCUCGCGCACUUUUGCCGGCGGCUUCCGCUCUUCCUUCGGCAGAAGGCGGGUACGCAGCUGCCGGUGGAUGGCAGUGCCAGGCGAUCGAGUCUCCUUGAGAAAUCCACCAAAGAGAAGACCUGCGUCAGGGGCGCCGCCGCGUCUGGUGUGUGCUCAUGGGAAGGGACAGGGGGCAGCGAGCCCGCGGAAGACAAGAGAGAAAGACGGGAAGACGGCGAAGUGAUUCGUGACACGUGCUGGUGCUCGUCCUCCAGUUCGCAGGCGAAUCCUGCCGUUUCUUCAGUUCUUCCGUUUUCGUCGCCAUUCUGUGGUUCUUAUUCCAGGGGAAAUGUAGCUGCAGCGGGGUCAUGUAGACAAAAGCGAAACGUGGGUGGGCGACGCACACGCGGGCACCGCGGCAGCGUGAUGCAUGCAGUUCCAGCUUCAAAUACGCUGGAAGUGCUGCCUCGAUGGUUUUUACCUUUCUUCUCGUCGGGGGUAGCCCUGCAUUCCUUUCCAACGCAGGGCACUGGCAGCUUUGCGGGAAGCGAAGACAACACGUUUUCCAGAUGUCGAUUUUCUCAAGGCCGCAGCGGAGCCCUUGCCGGCGGCCAGAAGCGGCUUUUCACCGCGGACGUCUCGGUCUCGAGCGCCAGCCGAAAGACUAAGGAGGCAAUCUUGCUGGAAGGAGCGGCGCGCCUCGGCGGCAGGGAAAGAGACACUGGCGAGUCUCGCUGGAGCAGCACGUCUGUUUCCGCAGUCUCCGGCUUCAGCCCAUCUCCCUCUGAAUCUCAGGUUUUUUUGUCGAGUCUCAGGGAGGCGCCGCCGAUGGUGGACAGGAGUAGUUUUUACUCGCUGGAGGAGAUGAGGAAGGAAAACCGGAGAGGCGCUCCCGUUAACUUUCGUCAGUACAUGCGAUCUCUGCUGCUCCCGUUUCGCCAUGAGGCGUCUCCGAGUCCGGCGCCGGAGUCGGCGGAGAGACUCUCUUCACUCUCGCUGCCUCGCGGCCUGCCGCCAAUCACGUUCAAAAAGUACCAAGAGGGCAUGCACGCCGCCCACUACUAUCCCUCUCGCCUGCUGCCCCCUAGCCACUCGGCCCCGCUCCCGGGAAACGUCUUAGUAACUCCGUUUGCGACGCACUUCCAGCAGCCCCUCAGCAGAACGAGCUUGGCGAGCCGCGCAGGGGUCUCCUCCCCGAGAUCUCGCAGAGCGGGAAAGCCGCUCGCGGCCAGUCAGGACCCAAACGACGGGAACACGAAUCGCCCUCAGAUGCCUGUCCUCCUUACGGAGCGGUGUGCGGGUCGUCUCACCCUUCUCUUCAUUUUUACUGACCAGCCGCCGCACAGCGAGAUGAAGGACCUUGUCAAAUGGCGGCGCGACUUGGAGGAACAUCCGGAGUACUCGGCUCUUGUGUAUCCAGCUAGAACUCCACCGAGCGCCAGCGCCGUUGAUUUAGGCUCGCCAUACAGCCAGCCCUCGGCCGCGCCCCUGUGGCCUCCGCGCGAGGCGAACCGACUCUCUGCGCGCCAUGACGAACUGUAUCAGGUUGCGUACCUGUGCAGUGAAUCGUGUUCGCUCUUUCUUCGUUGGCUGUGUAUUCGGUCCAUGAGAUUCACAGCUGCGCAUUUCGCUCCGCAGUCGGAGCGAAAUGCGGGCGGCGAUGGAGCGCCUGCGUUUACGCUCAACGGAAGUGCGCCGUCUAUGUGGGGCACCUUUCUCGGAAACGCCAAAGAAGGAGGCCGAAAAAUAGUCGAGGCAACUGGCCUCGCUUUCCGUCCAGAAAUGGUCACGACGAUGCUCAUCGACCGCGCCGGGCUCAUCAGGUGGCACGUAGUCGGAGCGCCCACGGACGAGGCGGUUCAAUUCCUGAUGUAA